AAAUCGUAAUCAUCAUCGGACCGCUUCCCAACGCCAUCACCUCCCAACUAUUCUCUCUUUCUCUAAUUCAUCUCUCUUCCUCUACCUACCGCAAUGUCCGCAACCGCCACUCGCCUCCGCCGCGUCGCCGCCGUUGCUACAGCGGUAGCUGUUACUGCCUGCGGUGGUGCUGUUCUCUUACCUCCGUCUGUUUCUUCCAAUGACCGCGGCGUUGGCCCCGUCGUAGAGUCCAUGAGGCGGACGAUCAGUGAUCCAAACGCCAUUGUUCCUUCCAGAAGUGUCCAGGAAUCGACUCUGAUCGGUGCCAGCUCGACUAGUCCACUCGACAUCCUGGUCGUAGGCGGCGGUGCCACCGGCUGCGGCGUUGCUCUCGACGCUGCCACUAGAGGCCUCCGUGUCGGCCUUGUUGAGCGAGAGGAUUUCUCUUCCGGAACGUCUUCUCGGUCUACGAAGCUAAUUCAUGGAGGGGUCCGAUACUUGGAGAAAGCUGUCUUUAACGUUGACUACGGGCAAUUGAAGCUGGUUUUCCAUGCACUUGAGGAGCGUAAACAGGUUAUUGAGAAUGCGCCUCAUCUCUGCCAUGCCUUGCCAUGCAUGACACCUUGUUUUAACUGGUUUGAGGUAGUAUACUACUGGAUGGGCUUGAAAAUGUACGAUUUGGUCGCAGGACGCCAUAUAUUACAUUUGUCCAGAUAUUAUUCAGUGCAAGAAUCUAUUGAGCUCUUCCCUACUCUUGCAAGAAAGGGUAAAGAUAAAAGCUUGAGGGGCACAGUUGUGUACAAUGAUGGGCAGAUGAAUGACUCUCGCCUAAAUGUUGGAUUAGCUUGCAGUGCUGCACUUGCUGGAGCAGCAGUGCUUAACCAUGCAGAAGUUGUAUCAUUUCUUAAAGAUGAAGGUUCCGAGAGGAUAAUUGGUGCAAAAAUUCGUGACAAUCUGUCAGGCCAAGAAUUCGAAACCUAUGCAGAAGUUGUUGUGAAUGCGGCUGGACCAUUUUGUGACUCUGUAAGGAAAAUGGCUAACAAGGAUGCACAGCCCAUGAUUUGUCCUAGCAGCGGUGUACAUGUUGUUCUCCCUGAUUAUUAUUCUCCUGAAGGAAUGGGUUUGAUUGUCCCUAAAACUAAGGAUGGACGUGUUGUUUUCAUGCUUCCAUGGUUGGGGAGAACUGUAGCUGGCACUACGGAUUCUAAUACUUCCAUCACUGCACUUCCAGAACCACAUGAGGAUGAAAUACAAUUUAUACUUGAUGCUAUAUGUGAUUAUCUUAACGUCAAGGUACGACGCACAGAUGUUCUUUCUGCUUGGAGUGGUAUUCGUCCAUUGGCAAUGGAUCCUACUGCAAAGAACACUGAGAGCAUCUCUCGAGAUCAUGUUGUUUGUGAGGAUUUUCCUGGUUUGGUCACAAUAACUGGUGGAAAGUGGACUACUUAUCGAAGCAUGGCAGAAGAUGCGGUGAAUGCAGCUAUCAAGUCCGGUAAGCUAAGCCCUAGGAAUGAAUGUAUAACAGGCAACCUACGGCUGGUUGGUGGAGAUGGAUGGGAAAGCUCAUCUUUUACUGUACUUGCUCAGCAGUACAUACGCAUGAAGAAGACACAUGGUGGGAAAGUUGUUCCAGGAGUAAUGGACACAGCUAGCGCAAAGCAUUUGUCUCAUGCUUAUGGGACCUUAGCGGAACGAGUAGCCACAAUAGCUCAGAAUGAAACACUGGGUAAGAGGCUUGCCCAUGGUUACCCAUAUCUGGAGGCCGAGGUUGCAUACUGUGCUCGAAAUGAGUACUGUGAAUCUGCUAUUGAUUUCAUUGCCAGGAGAUCUCGCCUUGCUUUCCUUGACACAGAUGCAGCAGGCCGAGCAUUGCCGCGAAUUAUCGAAAUACUUGCUAAGGAGCACAAUUGGGACCGGUCCAGGCGGAAGCAAGAAAUGCAGAAGGCUAGAGAAUUUUUGGAAACUUUCAAGUCAUCGAAGAAUGCACAGUUCCAUGACGGGAAACACCAGUAGUGACUAGUGAUUAACUUUGCUUUUAGGGUUUUCGAUAUCGAUGAAACAGAAUUUUAAAGCUCAAAGACUCUCUGUUAAGUUUUCCAAUGCUCAUACAGGUAUGUAUAUCAUCUUCAUUCUACUGCACAAGCGGAAUGUCAUAGCAUGAACAUACUUCGAAGGCACUCGGUUUUAUUGAGCUUGCUUUACAUAUAAUAAGUAAUAACGCAACUUUUUCCUUAAUUAAUGCAAGUGUUUAUUGUAUUA